UAGUUAGAACACCAACUGAGAUCAAUUCAAUUAGCUGCUUUAAGCUACUUCAUUAUGCUGAGUCAUUCUUCGGGGUGAGACAUUUUUAGUCUGUUAGGAAUGAAAGGCAUGCUAUUCAAAUAAUUCACUGCAGUAGUUUAAUGUGCUGUAAUCUUAAAGAAGUACAGGAGUUGUUUAGUCGUAUCUCCAGUGUUUUUGAAGGGGCGUGAAUGCAGCGCUUCCCAUUGACCAGGCAUCCCUUCCGGUAGAUGAGGUCAACUUUUCCCUAGAUCCGCCAUUUCAGUCCCGGAGUUUCUUGUUGCACAUUAGUUUUGAAUUUAAUUUUUUGUCAUUAUAUCGGUUACAUAGUCAAGUGUUGGGUUUCGUGGUGCAACAGAAAUAUCCCCAACUUAAACGUCUUGAUAUUACUCGUGGAAGUUGCAAAAAUUGUAGUAUUAAAAGGUAUUUUUCCGAGGGAAGCGUUAGUCUACCAAAGUUUUUGUAUGAGUUGCGGAUAGGGAGAGGCGAAGGGGAAAGGCCUCAAGCCUCGGACGGGAUUUCACAACCAUGGCCGGUAAUUUUGAUGCCGAAGACCGUUCUAGCUGGUACUGGGGGAGGCUAAGCCGCCAGGAAGCAGUUUCUCUUUUACAGGGACAGAGACAUGGCGUGUUCCUGGUGAGAGACUCAAUAACCAGCCCUGGAGACUACGUGCUGUCCGUCUCAGAGAACUCCAAAGUGUCCCAUUAUAUAAUCAACAGCAUCAGUAACAACCGGCAAUCUGGCUCAGGUUUAGCUCCUCCUCGGUUUCGGAUUGGGGAUCAGGAGUUUGAGGCGCUGCCGACUCUGCUGGAGUUUUACAAGAUCCACUACCUGGACACCACCACACUCAUAGAGCCCAUAAACAAGGCAAAGCACACAGGGUUCGUCAGCGCCUCCUCUGCUGGCAUCCCGCAGCAGCCUGAGGAGGCAGAGUUUGUACGGGCGCUAUUUGACUUCCCUGGCAACGAUGAGGAGGACCUCCCCUUCCGCAAGGGUGACAUCCUGCGAGUGCUGGAGAAGCCAGAGGAGCAGUGGUGGAACGCUGCUAACCAGGAUGGCCGUGCUGGGAUGAUUCCCGUGCCCUAUGUGGAGAAGUACCGGCCUGCCUCACCCACUGCUGCCGGCCUGGGUCCCCCUGCUGCGGGAACUGGACAGGGGGGGCAAGUUGGAGGGGUAGUGGGCAGCACAGACGGAACAGGGGCCCCUCAGGCCAACCCUCUGGGGGACCCGGGCCAGUAUGCGCAGCCUGUGGUCAACGCUCAGCUCCCUAACCUACAGAAUGGGCCCGUCUAUGCCCGAGCCAUUCAGAAAAGGGUGCCCAAUGCCUACGACAAGACGGCGCUCGCUCUGGAGGUGGGAGACAUGGUGAAAGUGACCAAGAUCAACGUGAAUGGCCAGUGGGAGGGUGAGUGCAAGGGCAAACGCGGCCACUUUCCCUUCACCCACGUUCGACUGUUGGAACAACACCAUCCCGAUGACGAGAGCUGAGAAACACACGCACUCCCAUCACCUGACAGUGCCCAGCACAUCCCUUUUCUUUUGGUCAUUUUGUUAUGCUCGGAAAGAAACAGAUUUGUACAAGCACACAGUAUAUGAACCUAUGAGCUCAGCUGGUCAGACGCUGCUGACCCUACCAACACAAGACGUGUUGGCUUUGCCUACUGUCAUUUUAAAGAGUUUACACUACGGUCAGACUGAUAUCGGUUCGCCUAUAUUAGCUUUUCUUUAAGUCAGCACACUGUUGGCUCCCUCCUAAUUUGCUUCUCAGAAACCAGCAAUUAAAUAUUUGUUGUAUUCAGAGAGGUAGCAGCAUUAUAACCUGCCAGGGAGGUUAUGUUUUCAGUUAAUUUUUUCAGUUUCCUUGUCUGUUUGUCAGCAGAAUUAUAGAAAAACUACUGGCCUGAUUAUCAUGAACUUGGUGGAAGUAUGUCACAUGGGCCAACAAAGAACCCAAUACAUUUUGGAGCAAAUCCAUGUCACUGAGCAGAAACAAUAAUUAUUUUUUCACUUAUGUUAAAAUUGCAAGAUGAGGCAUGGCCUUGGUGGACGUCUGCACUCUCUGAGUGCCAUUGUUGUUGGUUUAGUAUUUAUUAAUGUUACAUUUUAAAGGAACACACUUGUGUGUUGUCUUAAUCAGCAUCACGUAGCAGUAUUGAUCAUUAGCUCCACCUUAGCCUAGCUUCGCUCCAUAACUGAAAGCAGGGCUGGAAAAGUUGUCCAAUUAUUUUCUCUCAACUCUCUACUAGAUUAGCAACUUAAAAUAAUUCCAGAGCUUUUUGUAUGAUUUUUAUUGAACAGAUGUAGAAAUUUGACACCAUUUGGUUUGAAAAUAUAGGUACCACACAUUAAACAACAGCCCUGAAAUCUUACAGCACAAGUUGACCCUUUUUCACCCCGUUUCUACCCAUCGAGCAGUGUUUAUAACACACAAGGUCCAGCUGCAAUCUAGACUAGAAAUGCUCACAACCAUGACUUGUUUUAUUUCUCUUUGUGUGUUCAUGUAACACUAUUGAUCCAAGAUCACAGUCACCAAAAUGGUCCAUAGUUUAUCUGUCAGUCCUGAUAACUUCAUGUUUACAGAUUUACAAAUCAGUAAGAACAGGACAUUAGAUGUUGGAGCUAUUUCUUGAUAGAAGCUAAACCUAAAAUGAUUUAAUCAGUUAUGAAUGGAUUAAAAGGCUAUGGAGGACAUUCAUGGGGCAAGUUAAGAAAAUUAUCAAGUUUAAAUGUUGGCAGAAUGUCAUUUUCAAUUAAAAAUGGGCAGUAUUAGGCAUCAGUAACCGAUAUCAGUCGAACCCUAGUUUACACACCUCCAGCCCAGUAUUGAAGUCUGCGCCACACACAGUCGAGUCGACCCACUCUUCCCUUCCUGCAUUAUCUGUGUAUCCCUACCCACUGCAUUUGAUUCAUACAGAAGGGAAAAAUCGACUGCACACAGGAGACAAGACACUCGGCUUCUCUCACGGAAUCAUGAAUCAGUGAGUUUUUGAAGUGCUAGACUGUGAACCUCGGAGUGAAACGAACAAAGACUUUUCCCGAUGACUCCGACUUGUGGAAAAGACGACUUCACCAACUUAUUACAUCCAACACUACAAACCAAGUCCUUUUUUGUACUAAAAGUGGAAAAUAUUAUAAUAGAAUUGACUAUAUAUACACACACCUUACAUGCUAAAUGCUGUAAACAUUUUUCUUCCUUCCUUAUAUUUGAUUUUCUUUUCCUUUUUGUUACCAGAGACUGUACCUCCUAUUAUUUUAUGUUCCUCUUUCUAAAACAUUAUUCAGCAUCAUCAUGGAUGACUUCAAAUGCAGCAGAGUAAAAAAAAAAAAGCACCCUUUUAAGGAGGAAGGAGUGAUUCCCCUGAGGCUGCUUUUCGAAGAUGAGAGGAGAAACGUCGAGUAAUUUUAUUUUUGUCUUCCAGCAGGGUUUUUAUGGCAUUAUUGCUCAGAUGCUUUUGAGAUAAAAUCCACCUUAAAACACUAAAUGCUAUUGCAUUUUCAUGUAUAACUGGUAAAACAGACGUGUCACUUUGUGUCAUUUCUUCUGCCAUGAUUGACAUUUGCAGUUUCCCAUCAGCUUUUUCCACAUGCUAUUAUUAUACAUAAAGCUUUUUUUAAACACACAUGGGGCCACUGAGCAUUAUGUCAAUAUAACAAAGAAACAUGAAAUGCUCUAUUAUUGUGGGAUUUUUAGCUCCAUAGUGAAUGAAAUGCAUUUUCCAACAUCCUGUUUCAGAAUAUGAUUUUCCUCAAAAGCAGGCAGAGAUGUCUUCCUUCACAUUAUCCCUGUUGUUACUGAUAAACAGUAAUUAGGUGGCUUGCUAAUGGUUGUAAAAUGUGGUAAACAGCAAUGAGACUGAUGUAACAAUGUUACCAGUGACAAUAACACUGUUUUUUAAGAAAAAUAA